CGUACAGCUGGACAUGGAUCACCUAUUAGUGCUGCUUCUCCUGUGGAGCUCAGGAGUCCAGGCUGAAGAAAAACAUAACUCAGAGUCUGAUGAUGUCAGGUUGGUGGGAGGAGCCAGUCACUGUGCAGGAACACUGGAGCUGAAACAUCUGGGAGAGUGGAGAAUAGUACAUGGUUAUGCUUGGACCCUGAAACAUGCAGAUGUUGUCUGCCAACUGCUGGACUGUGGCUCUGCUGUUUCUGUAGAAUGGAGAUUUGAGACCACAAACACACCUGUGUGGAAAAUGAAAACUGAAUGUAUUCAGUCUGGAUCUGCUGUGAGAGAUUGUGUAACAUCAUAUUCAUCUCCUGUCAUCACCAAUGUCACCUGUGCAGACUCUGUCAGGCUGCUGAAUGGUUCCAGUCUGUGUUCAGGCAGACUGGAGGUGAAGUCUAACCAGAGCUGGUCCUCAGUGUGUGAAGCUGACUUUGACCAGCAGGAUGCAGAGGUGGUCUGUAGGGAGCUUGGCUGUGGGCCUCCUUCGGUCCUCCAGGGGGCACUCUAUGGAGAAGUGGAGGUUCCAGUGUGGAGCAAAGAGUUCCAGUGUGGAGGCCAUGAGUCUGCUCUCCUGGACUGUAGAAGCUCAGGCUCAGCUAGAAACAGCUGCUCACCUGGCAAAGCUGUUGGACUCAGCUGCUCAGAGCCUGAUGAUGUCAGGUUGGUGGGAGGAGCCAGUCGCUGUGCAGGAAUACUGGAGCUGAAACAUCAGGGAGAGUGGAGACCAAUGUUUGAGUUUCACUGGACGCUGAAAGAGGCAGCUCCUAUUUGUGAACAUCUGGACUGUGGUUCUGCUGUUUCUUUACAACACACCGAGUCAUCAUUAAAAUUUCGCUGGAGGAUCAAACCUGACUGUGUUCAGUCCAGAUCUACUCUGAGAGAGUGCACAACAUCGGAUUACUACAACCCCAUCCUGAAUCUUACCUGCGCAGACUCUGUCAGGCUGCUGAAUGGUUCCAGUCUGUGUUCAGGCAGACUGGAGGUGAAGUCUGACCAGAGCUGGUCCUCAGUGUGUGAAGCUGACUUUGACCAGCAGGAUGCAGAGGUGGUCUGUAGGGAGCUCGGCUGUGGGCCUCCAUCGGUCCUCCAAGGGGUGCUCUAUGAAGAAGUGGAGGCUCCAGUGUGGAGCAAAGAGUUCCAGUGUGGAGGCCAUGAGUCUGCUCUCCUGGACUGUAGAAGCUCAGGCUCAGCUAGAAACAGCUGCUCACCUGGCAAAGCUGUUGGACUCACCUGCUCAGAGCCUGAUGAUGUCAGGUUGGUGGGAGGAGCCAAUAACUGUGAGGGCAUGAUGGAGCUGAGACAUCUGGGAGAGUGGAGAACAGUGUCUGCCUUUAGCUGGACGCUGAAAGAUGCAGCUUUUGUGUGUAAACAUCUGGACUGUGGCUCUGCUGUUUCUGUUGACUCAAGACAUGAGUCUUUAAAGAGACCUGCAUGGUGGAUCAAAUAUGAUUGUGUUCACGUCAGAUCUGCACUGAAGGACUGUACAGCAUCAAGUUACCAUUCCUUCAUCCUGAACAUCACCUGCUCAGAGUCUGUCAGGUUGGGGGGAGCCAGUCGCUGUGUAGGAACAGUGGAGCUGAAACAUCAAGGAGAAUGGAGACCAGCAAUUGACUAUGACCUCAGGAAAGCAGCUGUUCUCUGUAAACAUCUGGACUGUGGAUCUGCUGUUUCUGCUGUAAUCAGACCGAAGUCCUCACCUGCAGAUGUGCUGGGGAUCAGCUCUGACUGUUUUCAGUCUGGAACUACUCGAAGUGAGUGUGCAGCACCAAAAGCCUCCAACUACACCCUGGAUCUCAUUUGCUCAGACUUGCUGGUUCAGCCCAUCAUCCAGGCAUCCUCCAUGGAUGGGGUUUAUGAGGCCCAGGAGCAGGGGCUUACAGUAUCCAGGCACUCCAACUUCACCAUCAGCUGCUCCAUCCAGCCACAAUACCCAGGAGGCUCCUUCCAGCUCACCUUCAACUCCACCAACACAGCGUACAGCUACACCCAGCCAGCUGUCAAUCACUCUGCCCACUUCCUGUUUCCUGCUGCAGUGCCCGCCCACCAAGGAAACUACAGCUGUGUUUAUCACAUCUACGUUUUCUCUCAUAAUUUCACUGCUGAGAGCCACCUGCUGCCUGUCACUGUCUCAGAGUUUGUCAGCUUGGUAGGAGGACCCAGUCGCUGUGCAGGAACGCUGGAAUUGAAACAUUUGGGUGUGUGGAGACCAAUGGAUAGCUCUGACUGGACCAUAAAGGCAGCAUCUGUUAUCUGUGAACAUCUGGAUUGUGGCUCUGCUAUUUCAGUAGAAUGGCGAGAGGAUUCCACAGAGAAAUCUGUGUGGAAGAUCCAAGACGGCUGCAUUGAGUCUGGAUCAGCUAUAAAAGAAUGCUUACAACUUAGGUUGUCUUCCUUCUCUCUGUAUCUCACGUGCUCAGACUCUGUCAGGCUGCUGAAUGGUUCCAGUCUGUGUUCAGGCAGACUGGAGGUGAAGUCUAACCAGAGCUGGUCCUCAGUGUGUGAAGCUGACUUUGACCAGCAGGAUGCAGAGGUGGUCUGUAGGGAGCUCGGCUGUGGGCCUCCUUCGGUCCUCCAGGGGGCGCUGUAUGGAGAAGUGGAGGCUCCAGUGUGGAGCAAAGAGUUGCAGUGUGGAGGCCAUGAGUCUGCUCUCCUGGACUGUAGAAGCUCAGGCUCAGCUAGAAACAGCUGCUCACCUGGCAAAGCUGUUGGACUCACCUGCUCAGAGCCUCAUGAUCUCAGGUUGGUGGGAGGAGCCAGUCGUUGUGCAGGAUCACUGGAGCUAAAACUGGGAGAUUGGAGACCAGUGGAAGCUUCUGAGUGGAUCCUGGGCAAAGCAGCUGUCAUCUGUGAACAUUUGCACUGUGGUUCCCUUGAUUAUGUGGAGGCUAGAAAUGAGUCCUUGCUCAGAUCUGUUUGGAGACUCAAACCUGACUGCGUUCAAUCUGGAUGUGCUCUGAGGGAGUGUGUAACAUCAGAAUACUCUUUAAUGAUUAUGAAUUUCACCUGCUCAGACCUGCUGGUUCAGCCAAACAUCCAUGCAUCCUCCAUGGAUGGGGUCUUUAAGGCCCAGCAGCAGGGGCUUCAGGUGUCCAGCCGCUCCAACUUCACCAUCAGCUGCUCCAUCCAGCCACAAUACCCAGGAGGUUCCUUCCAGCUCACCUUCACCUCCUCCAACACGGCAUACAGCUACACCCAGCCAGCUGUCAAUCACUCUGCCCACUUCCUGUUUCCUGCUGCAGUGCCCGCCCACCAAGGAAACUACAGCUGUGUUUAUCACAUCUACGUUUUCUCUCAUAACUUCUCCUCCGAGAGCCGCCAGCUGUCUGUUGCUGUUUCACCUCCAGCAGCUCCAACAGUUCAUACCAUCACAGGAGUCAUCCUGCUGCUGAUUCUCCUGAUUGUGAUUACUGCCCUUUAUUUCUGCUGGAAGGCCAGCAGGGAGCAGACGCUGAGCAGAAAGGACACUGACGUGGUUUACUACAACUACAGUGAUCACGGAGAAGGAGGAUCAGCUGAAGAUGAAAGUCGCCAGGGAGGAGAGGAGGACCUCAAAGAAGCUCAUCUCAAAUCCAAUUGAAUUUCUGAAAAAUGACUAUCAUAAUAGUUAACACAACAGUUUUCUAUUGAAUAUAAACUUGUGUACUCACUUCA